GUCAUAAACAUAUAUAACUUUUCAUGUAUAUCCGUCAAAGCAUGCAUUUACAAUUAUAAAAUGUUUUAUUUACUUUCUUGCAUGUUUGGCGAUGUAGGUGUUUCUAUCAUCAGGGAAAGGGGCAUACGGGUUACAGAGCAGUAUAAUGAUUUCUUGUUACCGAAUAAAUAAAUCAUACAAGCCAUACAUUUUCAGACCAAUUCCAGGACAUUGAGCUGAAUUUUCCGGGACAUUUGCCGAUUUUCCGGGACAUGUAUACAUAUAGCGAUAUAUAUAGACAUAUAUGCAUUUUUGGUACGCAUUUUUUUACAUCGUAAAUUGCUAAGUUCGAAAGCCUACAGUAUCCGAAAUACACUAGAUCUAUUAACGUCAAAUUAAACAUUACUACUUCCGUUACUAGAUGCAAGCCACGUGUUUUUCGUGUUAGAAAAGAGCACCAAAUUGCUAAUGUGUACAUGUCACAUUUUCUGCAGAAAGAAAAACUAGGUUAAAAGUAUUAUUUUCUGGGAUACAUUUAUGGUGUCCGAAAAGUAAGAGCGUCCGAAAAUCCAGUGCAAUAAUGGCAAGUCACAAUUGUGCUUACAAUUCAAAUUCACUUAUUAUUUUUAUUGUUAUAAUUACUGCGGAUUUAGAACAAGACAGAAAUAAACUUAGUGAGGAUGACAAUUUUAUAUGCUUAGUUUUUGUACUCAACUUCCUAGUCGGUUAAACGUGCGAACAUUACCCGCUUUUAAUUUUGUACUCAACGAUGUUGGACUUCAGAUGUGUGAACAACUCUUUUGCCCUUACACAGAGGGAAAUUAGAAGGAUUGUUAGUGCCAACAAAUCUACAAUAGUGGCUCAGGUACAAGAACAGGCCAUUGGAGCCGGGGCCGAAACUCCAUCCAGGAAGAUGGGCCGCAAGAAAAUACAGAUCUCCCGAAUAGCUGAUGAGAGGAACAGACAGGUGACGUUCACUAAGCGAAAGUUUGGCCUCAUGAAGAAGGCGUACGAGUUGAGUGUGUUGUGUGACUGUGAGAUAGCUCUCAUCAUCUUCAACAGUGCUAACAAACUCUUUCAAUACGCCAGUACAGACAUGGAUAAAGUGCUCCUAAAGUACACGGAAUAUAACGAGCCGCAUGAAAGUCGCACAAACAAGGAUAUUAUCGACAAGCUCUCAGCAAAUAGCCACUUGUUAGGCGGAAUGAUGCCAGGCCCCGGGGAUAUCCUGGCCCUCAACAAGAAGGAGCACAAGGGGUGUGACAGCCCUGACCCUGACUGCGACCCCUACAGCAACUCCAUAAUGAGCUUUGAGGAGAAGUACAACAGAAUGAAUGAGGACUAUCAGCGAGUGCUGCAACAACAACAGCAGAACCAGCUUAGGUCUUCAAUGUCCCCAUACCCCCCAGGCGGUCUGUCCCCAGGGGGCAUGUCGAUGCACAACUCCCCAUACAUGAACCACAGUCACCCCGGUCAUAUGGGUCAGCACAGCCCGGCCAUCAGCAGCCCAGGGCUCCUCCACCCGCCCACCGGGCACCCGAGUCUGAGCCCGAGACCAAACUCAACAGGUCACAUGAUAGACAUGAGUAACUCGCCGACCCCCAACGGAUAUCACCGGGCAUCGCCGUGCUCAUCUCCGGGGGUGAUGGUGGGGAAGGGCCUCUCUCGUCAGUCCCCUCCCAUACACAACCGGGUGCCCCAGGGUCACCCUGGACCCCCCAGGCUUAUGGUGCCAGACGCCAGAAACAACAUGAUGAACUCUGAAAUGCAGCAGCACUCUCCAGGCAUGCCAGCAGUGUCGAUCUCAACGCCGAGUAUUACCCAGGGGACAGGCUAUCACUCACCCCUUCCUGCAUAUCACAGUAAUGACUUCAUGGGCCCGGGGGAUGGAGGUAUGGGCGGUGGGGGUCUUCAGCAGAGUUACAGCCCACAGCCCAACACCCACCAUUGGAGCUCUGGCUCUCUCACCAGUGGCAUACCGCCCGGCACCCACAACAUGCAUCAAGUACCAGGGUCAGUGCCAAACAUUGGUAGUCCGGGUUCCAACCAUGUCUCUCCAUUACUAAUUAACACUAUGAACAGUAGGUUGAGCAUAAAGAGUGAGCCCGUCUCACCCACGAGAGACUCUAACACGCCCUCUAACCCCAUGGGUCUGCGACCUCCUUCGCAGAACCAGGGCCAAUACUCGCCCGGACACAUGUCUCCACAUCUAAACGCGAGCCACAAUAACUGUUCGUCACCCACAGUGACCCACAUGCAGCACGGGGUGCCUGGGCCUGUGGGACACCUCCCGCAGCAACAGCACCCACAUCAUCAUCAUCAGCAGCAGCAGCAGCAGCAUGGCGGGAUGAAUGGUGGUGGAGGGGUGGUCAUGCAGGACUAUGAUGGGGGACCCAUGAUGAAGCGGGCGAGAAUGGAGGAAUGGACAACAUAAACAUAGUGUGCUUCCUGGGUAGGAGAAUUAGGGCUCUGGGUAGGAGAAUUAGGGCUCUGGGUGGGAGAAUUAGGGCUCUACUGUCCCAGGCGUCUAUCUAUGGGGUGUUUCAGUUUGUGUUUUUAAUAGCUGCUGUGGUCCAUAGUGUGGUAUAGUGGAAAAGUGUGAUUUGCAGCGAAAUGUGCUUUUGUUGGCUUUCUUUUUUUAAAGAAGAAAUAGAGCGAUUAGGAGAGAGAAUUAUGAAUGGUGAAGUUUGGGUUGAUUCCCUUUAUGAGGGACAAGAAUUGUAGUCAUAUUAUUUUUAUUAUUAUAAACAUUCGUUCUUAAUAUAUUCCAAGUUUCAUUUGUUUCUUGUUUAUCUUACUAUGACUGUUUGUUCUAAGUGAGACACAGAAUUUGCUACAGUUUUUCAUAUUGUUGAUGUUGUUUUACUUGUUUAUGUUGUUUUGUAUUUAACUUAUAAAUAAUAACAGUUAAGUGUUCUUGUUGAGUUUUUAGUUAAGGAGAACUUGUUUCGACUGUUGUUUUAAAGCGUAUUUUAAAAUGUGUAUUUUUGUUUCAUUUUGUCAUCACUGUUGGUGCUUCUUGAAAAAAAUAUGCUUGGAAGAUGGUUUCAUGCUUAAAAGGUUAUGUAAUUGAUGCACAUUUAAUUGUAUUUAACCUGUGAAAGAAGGACAUUGAAAGAAAAGUUGUAAUUGCUAUUUUAUUUUAAUUAAAUUUUCAUAUUUUUAUAAGCUUUGUUUUAGAGUUGUCAAUGAUAUACCCGGGUAUUUAUUAUUUUAAUUAUAUGUUAAGCUCCAGGAGCUUUUGCUUUAAGGUACAGUUCAAUAAAUUGAUUUGAUAAAAAAUGUGGUAAUUGAAAUUCAUAACUGGAAAACAGUGAGGCGUAUAACUUUUUUUUCAGUGACCUAAGUACUGCCAGAAAAUGCAGAAACCUUUUUCUAGGAACAAGAACAUCAAAAUAUGUUUAAUUUACUAUGUUUGUAAGUUUAUUAUAUUGGAAUCUUACGUUUAGAAUCUACAUUUAGUACUUAGUUGAUUAUAUUGGUAUUCAAGUUAACUUUACUCGUAUCUAAGUCAAUGAUACUGUAAUAAAUUUGAAUUUAUUGAAUCUAAAUUUAUGUUACAGGAAUGUCAGCUUAUUAUUCUUGAAUCUAAUUUUACUUUACAAAAAUUUACAUUUAUUUACUGGCAUGAAAGUUUAUUAUACUAGUAUCUGACCCUUUACUGGCAAGUAAAUGACAAUUGAUAAAUUCUAGUUGAAGACGCAUCAGAUAUGGCUUUUAAUUGUUUAUUUUGUCUUUGUAAAAAGGGUUUCAUUUCCCCACUUAAUGCCUUGUGUAAUCAUUGUUUUAUGUGAUCAUUGUUAUGUUUGUGAGUUGACGCAAGGGCAGCUAGCCAUGUGAUUGUCCACAAAUUCUUGUUGCUGUGGCGAUAAGUCAGGUGGGGAUGGGUGGGUGGUGUUGUACUGCAUUUAUAUCUAGAUCACAGCAGUUUGUGAUGGUGUUCAGGUUUGUUACUUUGGAAAAAACUGUUAAUUUGUGUUGUAACAAACCUUCAAUUACCAAAUGUUUCUUUCUUUAGAGAUACAAACCUUACGCAUAGAUUUAAACAUAUUGGUUAAAAUUCGCACAAAAGUGUUUUGCAACUAUUUCACUAAUGUUAUUUACUCUGCCCCUGGCAUUUUAUAUUGUAUUUGAUUUCCUUUUUAUUUAACAGCCUAUGUUUUGUAAUUUACCUGUCUUUAACUGGUAAUAGACCAACUAGUCAUUGGCAGGCACAGGACAUCUUAAACAUGUUGUGGGGUGAAAUGAUGUCUGCAUUAGACAGGAGUAAUUGGGGUUCAUUUUUCUUGUAGUAAACGACGAUCUUAUUGAAUGUUUUAACCUCGUUGGGGCUACAUAGAUGUCACAGUAGUUAUUUACUGAGCACAUUAUGAUGGAUGCCCUCAGAAAUGCUGCAGGCUUGUUUCUUUAUUUAGGAACUGAAUUGAAUUUUUAUAUCAGCUUACAUUUGUGUUCAGUGUAAGUGGUUCAGACUUUGCAUUUACUUUAAGUAUUCAUAAAAUGUUUGCCCUUUUUUUUAUCCCCGCCGAAAAAAAAUUCAGAGGGAUAUAGUAAUUGGUCCUGUCUGUCUGUCCGUCCGGCUGAAACUUUGUCCGGAGCAUAACUCCAAAUCUAUUCAAUGGAUUUACUUUAAACUUAGAAUAUAAACAGAUGGCAACUAGUAGAAGUGCAGUGACCAAGAACCAUAACUCUAUCUACCUUAGUUUUUUAAUUAUCUCCCCUUUUAUAUAACUUUAAAGUAUUUUUUGUCCGGAGCAUAACUCUAAAUAUACUAAAGGGAUUUACUUGAAACUUGAAAUAUAAACAUAUGGCAACAAGGAGAAGUGUAGUGACCAAGAACCACAACUAUAUCUACCUUAGUUUUUUAAUUAUCUCCCCUUUUAUAUGAUUUUAAAGUAAAUUUUGUUUCCGGAGCAUAACUCUAAAUCUACUGAAGGGAUUUACUUGAAACUUGAAAUAUAAACAGAUGGCAAGUAGGAAAAGUGCAGUGAAUAAGAACCAUAACUCUAUCUACCUUAGUGUUUGAAUUAUCUCCCCUUUUAUAUAACUUUAAAGUAAAUUUUGUCCGGAGCAUAACUCCAAAUCUAUUCCAUGGAUUUACUUUAAACUUAGAAUAUAAACAGAUGGCAACUAGGAGAAGUGCAGUGACCAAGAACCAUAACUAUCUACCUUAGGUUUUGAAUUAUCUCCCCUUUUAUAUAACUUUAAAGUAAAUUUUUGUCUGGAGCAUAACUCUAAAUCUUCUGAAGGGAUUUACUUGAAACUUGAAAUAUAAACAGAUGGCAAGUAGGAAAAGUGCAGUAACUAAGAACCAUAACUCUAUGUACCUUAGUUUUUGAAUUAUCUCCCCUUUUAUAUAACUUUAAAGUAAAUUUUUGUCCGGAGCAUUAUUCUAAAUCUUCUGAAGGGAUUUACUAUAAACUUGAAAUAUAAACAGAUGGCAACUAGGAGAAGAGCAGUGACCAAGAACCACAACUCUAUCUACCUUAGUUUUUGAAUUAUCUCCCCUUUUAUAUAAUUUUAAAGUAAAUUUUGUUUCCGGAGCAUUAACUCUAAAUCUUCUGAAGGGAUUUACUUGAAACUUGAAAUAUAAACAGAUGGCAAGUAGGAAAAGUGCAGUAACUAAGAACCAUAAAUCUAUCUACCUUAGUGUUUGAAUUAUAUCCCUUUAUUUAAUUUCAAAGUAAAUUUUUGUCCGGAGCAUAAUGAAUUAUCUCCCUUUAUUUGUUUUUACAAAUAUUAUUCUACUCUCUAAAACAAAUGUUGUCAUACAAGCAAACACAUUCUGCGGGGAUUUGGCUCUACUGUGACAAGCUCUUAUUUCUGAAUAGAAGCUGAAAUUAUUUUAUUUUUGUGAAUUAAUAAAUUUCAACAAAUAGAAUAUUAUGAUGUGGAUUGAAAUACAUUAAUACAUGGUUAAAAUUUAGUUAUUUGCUCAAUACAAAGCAAGUAAAAGCAAACAUAAAUGUUGGUUAAACUUUUAUUGUAAGAGUAAGAACAAUUAUUUACUUUAUUACUAGUUCUGUUUGGACAACACUUGCACUUACUCUUGGCCAUGGAAGCAUGGACGCUCAAUUCAUUGUGAUAGCUUUGCAGUUGGAAUCAAAAUGAGUCUUAAUGCAUAUGCUUAAAGUGUUGUCACAGACAAUAGUCUGUGCAGUUCACACAGGCUCAUUAGGGAGGACACAUUCUACUGUAAUGGAAUUUUUCGUUUAAAGGUAGUCUUUUCUUUGGGGAAAUCUAGUUUAGGUGACAAGCGUCGUCCCUGAUUAGCCUGUGCCAAAACACCAAGUUUUCCUAUAGUAAGGCUCAAUUAAAAGCCUUGUUUUAAUAUUUUUCAUCAAUGUUUUACCUGUUGUUUAAACUUCUUAAGGUCUUUAAAACGGCAGCCUUCUUACAAAUCUUUCAUAGUGCUAUUGUUACUGAGAAAAAUGCUGAUUCUUAAUUGUAUGGUGAUACUUUCUCACAUGUCCUGGAAAUUGAGACCAGAAAAGGAUUCCUGUUGAUAUUGAAAUCUUGGGAUCAGAAUAUAACGUUGAACGGACUCAGUCAUGUGCUACAUUAUGUUAAUUGUAUUUUUUUCUGAGCCACCCUCUUGAAAAAAGUGACUUAAUUCAUGUGCGUUAAGUCGCAUCCCAUAUUAGCCUGUGCAGUUUGCACAGGGAUGACACUUUCUGCUACGACAGAAUUUGUAAUUAGAAGAGACUUUCUUUAAACAAAAAAUACGAUACACACUGUUUUCCCAGACGUAACUCAAGUGUUGCGAGCACAAAGAAACAUGAUUUUUUAUUGAAAAAGAAUAUAACUGUACAUCUAUAGAACUUUACUCAUGAAUAGCAAAACAGUGGUUUAUUAAUCAAUAUCAACCAAAGGUUUUUGAAAGGGUUUCAGUUUUCUUAACCUUUGUUGAUUCUUCCAUAUCUUUCACUAUCUUCAUAAUCGAAUGGUUCUAAAAAAGUUGUACAAAAAAGUUAACGCUAAAGUUACAUUAAUGUUAGUAUGUUAAUCAAACAGUGUUGUUAAUGAUCUUAGUUAGAAAGGUUUUAUUUUUCAGUUGAAAGUAAAUAUAUUUGAUCUCAAGAUUAUGUGACAGGUUUUACAAGAUUUAGUCUUAUGUUUGUCAAACUCAAAGUAUGUAAACAGAUUGGUCAAUUGUGUUGUACGUAUUAGUAAACGAUUGCCUGAAUGGUAUCAUCACAUAUGUAUAGUUUUGUGCUCACCUGUUUUAUAAAAAUUAAUGCGUGGCUUUUUUAUCAAAUGGCCUUAGAUAUAUUUCAUAACUUAAACUUAUUUAAGUAUUUAAAUUAAAAUAUUUUAUGUGUAUGACCGCAUUUUUAAAUAUCAUUCAAACAUUUUAUUGUAAAUUCAUGUUUUAUGCAUAUGAGCAUUUUAUCAUUUGGUUCUAUUAAGCUGUUAUAUCACUUUGACAACAUGAGUUAACACUCUGUUAUUAUUCAGUAUUUUACAUCCUCCAUCUUCUUUUUCUUGUCAUGUUGCACAGAUGUGUUUUGCAAUUGAUAAGGUUCCAUUCUAAAUGUCAAACUGAAAUUAAAUGAGCCUCUCUCAGGGAAAUCUGGGCUUAAGUCAUGUGUGUAAAGUUAAAUCCCAAAUAAGGCCGCGCAGUCUGCACAGUUUAAUCAGGGAUAACACUUUCUACCCAAAUUGAAUUUUUGUUUACAGACACAUCCUUUAAAUAAAAAAUUCCAUAGAAGUUGAAAGUGUUGCUGUUUACUAGCCUGUUUGCUGACUGCAGUCUGGGAUGACACUGUACACUCCUGCAUUAAGCCUGCUGACAGCAGUCUGGGAUGACACUGUACACUCCUGCAUUAAGCCUGCUGACUGCAGUCAGGGAUGACACUGUACACUCUUGCAUGCUGACUGCAGUCAGGGAUGACACUGUACACUCCUGCAUUAAGCCUGCUGACUGCAGUCAGGGAUGACACUGUACACUCCUGCAUUAAGCCUACUGACUGCAGUCAGGAAUGACACUGUACAUUCCUGCAUUAAGCCUGCUGACUUCAGUCAGGAAUGACACUGUACACUCCUGCAUUAAGCCUGCUGACUGCAGUCUGGGAUGACACUGUACACUCCUGCAUUAAGCCUGCUGACUGCAGUCAGGGAUGACACUGUACACUCCUGCAUUAAGACCAGAUUUUCCAGGAUGAUGCUCAUAUUUGUGGUAAAUCUUGAAAAAGAUUGUGUGUUUUUUCCAUAUUUGCAAAUGUUACCCAUAUCAUGUAUUUAGCUUAUCAUAAAAUAUUAAAUAUCUGUUUUAAUUGUUACAAAUUAUUGUCAAGAUUGUUUACUGGUUCCAACACUGUUUCAGAUGUUAGUUCUUUUUAAAAAGCAAAAUGAAAUAUUUAGGUAUUUCUUCUGCUUCAAGUUUGGCACAUUUUUUUGCCAAUAAUCAUGUAUUCAUAAAUUUCCAGUUUAGUACAUUGCGCUUUACCACUGUAAAUACCUCUGUUUGAGCCGUGUUCUCAGAAAACUGAACUGAAGGCUUGUGUGAAGUGUCUUUCCACAGGCUAAUAAGGGACAACACUUUCUGCUUAAAGUGGAUUUUCAUUUAAUAGAAGAAACAAAUUUUAAAUGAAAAAUUUUAUAAAAGCAAAAGGUUUUGUCUUUGAUUAGCCUGUGUAGAAUGCCUUACCGAGGCUCUUUUCAUUUGAUCCAUUUCAUGUCCGAUAUUGUUAUGGCAUUCAGCUGUUUGUAUGCACAUGUUAUUAUAGUUGCUGGUAAAUUGUUCAUAAGUAUAUUUUUAUCAAAGUGUGCUUAUUUUUUUCAUUAAAAACGUGUAUUGAACUGGUAAAUAAAGUCUGUGGUAAAAUA